AUGGCGGCGGCGGCUGCCACCAGCAGCCCUGGCAGCGCUAGCAGCACGUUGCAGCCGCCGCCGCUGGAGCCCUGCUUGAGGAAGCCGCAGCCGCCGCCGCCGCAGCGCAUGGACCCCCGGCGCAGGCAGGCAGCGCUCUCCUUCCUCACCAACAUCUCGCUGGACGGCCGGCCGCCGCUGCCGCACGAGGAGAGCGGGGCAGAGCAGAGCGGGGGCGCCGCCAAGGCGGCAGCCGGCAGCGCCAGGACUCGGCACAGCCUGGGCGCCUUCCAGCCCCCCGCCGCGGCAGCGGCUCCGCAGCAGCCGGGGGGCCACUGCGGCAGCGGCCGGCUGUCGAGCCCCCCGGGAGCGGCUGGGGAGCCGCCGGAGGAAGAGGAGGAGGAUGCCUUCGCCAGCGUGCAGGUGCCGGCAGCCGCCUUCCUGGGCUCGGGGACCCCCUCCGGGGGGGCCGGCGGCAGCAGGGGCCGCCUCAACUCCUUCACUCAGGGAAUCCUGCCCGUCUCCUUCUCCAGACCCAUCCCGCAGGGCUACUGCUGCCUGGAGCAGGGCGGCCCCGGCGCCUUGGAGCUGCAGAGGUCCCGGCGUCGGUUGAUCUCCCAGCGCUCUUCUCUGGAGACUUUGGAGGACAUCGAGGAAAAUGCUCCACUACGGAGAUGUCGGACUCUGUCAGGUUCACCCAGACCAAAGAAUUUUAAGAAGAUUCAUUUUAUCAAGAGCAUGCGGCAACACGAUACCAGAAGUGGCAGAAUAGUCCUUAUCAGUGGCAGAAGAUCCUUCUGUAGCAUAUUUUCAGUGCUGCCGUAUCGAGACUGUACCCAAAUCGGAGACAUGAAAUUAGAAGGAGGACGUUGUGUGCCUACUGGAGGAGUGUGUUUAAAAGAGAUAAUUGGUCUUGAAGGUGUGGAACUAGGGGCUGAUGGGAAGACUGUUUCUUACACACAGUUUCUAUUUCCAACCAAUGCCUUGGGAACACGGAGAAACACAAUUGACUCCACCUCCUCCUCCUUCUCCCAAUUUCGCAAUGCAAGCCAUCGUAGCCUUUCCUUGGCAAGAGCUAACAGCACGCAGGGGAGCGUUGACACAGGCAGUGACCUGGGAGACUAUAUUGACUAUGACCCAAAUCUUUUAGAUGAUCCUCAGUGGCCAUGUGGCAAGCACAAGCGGGUUUUAAUAUUCCCUUCAUAUAUGACUACCGUAAUCGACUAUGUGAAGCCAUCAGACCUCAAAAAAGACAUGAAUGAGACCUUCAAGGAGAAGUUCCCUCACAUCAAGUUAACCCUCAGUAAAAUAAGAAGCCUCAAGCGAGAGAUGCGCAAACUAGCUCAAGAAGAGUGUGGUUUUGAGGAACCCACUGUGGCCAUGGCCUUUGUCUACUUUGAGAAGCUUGCUCUCAAAGGGAAACUAAACAAGCAGAACAGAAAGCUUUGUGCUGGAGCGUGUGUCCUACUAGCAGCCAAAAUUGGCAGUGACCUCAGAAAACAUGAAGUUAAACAUCUUAUAGAUAAACUGGAAGAGAAGUUCCGACUGAACAGGCGAGAGCUGAUAGCCUUCGAAUUUCCAGUGUUAGUGGCCUUGGAAUUUGCUCUCCAUCUGCCUGAACACGAAGUGAUGCCACAUUAUAGACGUUUGAUCCAGAAUUCCUAG